GCUAAGAUCACGCGAAUUCUCGCGUGAAGACCCUCAUGUGAUCUCGGAAACAAGACGACAUCAGAAAAUGGCCCCUAAAAACUUUAGUGCAAAGAUGUAGUAAUUUCUCUGGACAUCUUCUUCCUUAAGACAUGAUUCUGACGGUACAUGGUCCCAGAAGGAGAGAGAUUUGAAGGGAGUGAGAUGUCUGGGCCGGUGACCAUGGAGUCGUCGGGGCAGCCUGAGGUGGAGAGCCGACCCGCGAGCUUCCUGAAAACAAAGCUGCCAGGAAGACGUGUCAACUUCCCAGCUGACGAUGCACUUGUUGCAGGCUCGGCGGAGCCACCAGACCCCUGGUCACUGGCUGCAACCUGCACCACAGAAGAGCUGUUGUCGGCCUACAGGGACCACUGUCAGAAACUGGGUAUACGGCCUCUCCCACGGGUGCUGCAGCAGCUGGAGGCAAUAACCGACUUCACCAAACGAGUGGAGUGCUUGAAUCUCAAAGGUGAAAGAUUAGAUUCCAAAAUAGCAGAAACACUUGAAGAAGUCCUGAGGAGAGUUCGAUUUGUGAACAUUGACCUGGAACAGACCAGCAUGGAUGCAGAGUGUGCGGUUGCAUUGGCGGAUAUGAUAGAGUAUUAUGAGUCAGCAGUCAAGUUGAACAUUGCCUUUAACAAGCACAUCAGUAUCAGGGGCUGGCAGGCCAUGGCCAGGGUGAUCAGGAAGACACAGUGCCUUGAGUACCUGGAUGCCAGGAGCACCCUUAUCACCGAGCAGACCGCCCCUCACCUGAGCAGGGCCCUGCGGAUGGGCAGCAGGAUCCAAACAUUACACCUGGAGUCCACCAACCUCAGCGGCAGGCCCAUGUUCCUCCUCAUGUCAGCCUUAAAAGUGAAUGUUGCAGUCAAAGAGUUGUUCCUGGCCGACAACCGGCUUGGAGUCCCGGAUGCCCAGCAGAUCGGCCAGAUGCUGAAGUUGAACAACACUGUCCAACUUCUGGACCUGAGGAACAACCAGAUCCAGGACACUGGGCUUGUGCACAUAUGUGAAGGGCUGGGUGAACAGGAGAGGGGCAUUGUCACCCUUGUUCUGUGGAGUAACCACAUCACACAGAUUGGAGCAGAGUACUUAAGGGAAACACUGCCUGUCCUGAACUUCCUGGAGACGCUGAACAUGGGACACAAUCCCAUCGGUAACGAGGGUGUGCUGAGCAUGAAGGAGGGUCUCCUGAUGAACCAAUCACUUCUCAGGCUGGGGCUGGUGGACACCAAGAUGACGUGCGAAGGUGCUAUUGCCUUAGCAGAGUUCCUGUCCAUAAACCCGAGGAUCGUGAGGCUGGACCUCCGUGAGAACGACAUUAAGACGGCCGGCCUGAUGGCCCUUCAGCUGGCUCACAAGGUCAACCACUCCCUCACCAGACUGGAUCUGGACAAGGAACCAAAGAAGGAAUCGAUGAAAGACUAUGCAGAGACCCAGAAGCAGCUGCUGUCAGCCAUCCAGGGGUUCAGUAAAAGGAACAAGGAACGUGCCAGGGAGGACAGGAAGGCAGAGCAGCAGGAGGAGGUGGAGGUUGCACAGGAAGCCCAGGAGGAGGGGCCUGUGGUGGACCAAAGUGCCAACCAAUCAGCUGAAAGCAGACAUCAUGAGAUGUUGACCCUGGGAGAGGACAUAAACUCUGAUGUCGUGACAGAGAACAGUCAGGCUGGCACAGAGACAGUAGACCAUGGGAUGCAGGACAACAAACCUCAACAGAGAGUAGAUACAGAAAGCGAUGGUGAAACCAAAACUAACUCAAAUACAGAAAAUACUUCCAGCAAUUUGCAACAGGGAGAUUCUGUGAGUAUUGCCACAAAGGAAGUAAGUACAGCAUGGACUGACUCUAGUCCUGUGAGUAUUCUCAGAGCCAAAACCCAAGUGCCUAAUGACCAUUUAGUCCCUUCUAUUGAUUCCGGUAACCUCUUACCAAGUUCUACGAACACACCUGGUGAUACCUCGCCCAUGCGUACUUCCCCUGACGAAGUGGCUUUGCCGACCGGUGUAGAAGCAACCAUUCCCAACAGGGUGGACAAUGCAAACUGUGAGACACAGAUCUCCAGCCAGGUCCCUGCAUCAGGAGAUGCCGUUAAUAACAAUUUCUCAGGAGUCUCCUUACCAAAUGGGAGUCUGACAGACUUUGAAGCAGCGUUAAUAUCAGAACCCAGAAAGAUCACAGAGACAAACCCACAGGACAUUCCAGCAGAUGGAGAUGCAAACAUCAACACUUCAGAGUUGAGCAGUUCACCUGAUGACUUUGAGAAGGAACUGGACCAAAUUCUGGCCAACGUCACUGCUGGGAAAGGCCUUGACCCUCUUCCUGGAGAUGGGGUAAACCUGGAGAGUCUGGAUGAUAUCUUUGAAGAGGAACUCACGGCCUGAUGGGAUAUCUUUUACCAUGGAACUUUUACCACCCUCUACUGUCUAUAACUGCUUAGUUGUUUCCUUAGUUUGAGAUUGUACACAUUCUGUAAAAAUGAGUUAUGAAUAAGAAUAUCAAAAUGGCUUUGCAAAUAUGAAUUAAUUUUUUUCUGUUUAAUUAUUAAAAUGUUACAAAUGGAAGCUUUUUGCAAUUGUGUUACAAACAACAUGGUGGCUGUAGUAUUUAAAAUUAGCAACUAAGCUUUGAGAAAGAAUCUUUAUACAUUUAUAGAUGUGGAUGAAAAAAAUCUCUGGUACUCAUUCUUACUCUUUUAGACUCUGAUGCAUCCUUUGUGGAUCCUCCCUGGUCUAUAGAUGUUCACCAAUUGAUCCUCAUGUAAAUGGAGCAUUUUCUCAUAUAGAUCUCAGCUAGGUAGAAUAGAGAUUGAAUGGUAUGAGGUAUGAAUCUUGUACUCAAAAGUAUUUUUAGAAGCAAGUAAUUUUGUCUGCAGAGUAAUUAGGAAAACAUGGUGUAUCCAUCCUUAGUACAAUGUAGUAACACCCCCGUUUCACUAGAAGCUGCAACCACAUUGCACAAUCAAAGAUUGACAGAUUAUGUUUUGUCAUACAUUGACACCUUUAAUCAAGAUUUAAAUCAAGGGUCCAAUAUUUGGUGGUGUACGAUUGCUCUAGUGGAAGGGGGUUCUGAUGAACGUAAAGAGACCAAAGUUAGGGAGGCAUAUAGUACUUGAUGCCCUCAGUAGCAAGAAAAUCUUGAUUCCGCUCAGGUUGUGGAAUGAUAAUUGGUGCAAACAUUCUCAACUCAAGAUGAUACCAGUACUAAUUUUUGUAGCCCGAGUAUUUUUCUUACCUCUUUGAAAGUAUGAAGGCUGGAUGGAAAUAUGAGGAUUACUAGACAGUAUACUGUAAAUUGGCUCUGUACAAAAAAUCUUAGCAUUCAGCUUUUUACUGCAACUCAAAAUGUAUGCCAAAUGCAGUCAUAUUUACUGUUGUAUCUUGUAACAAGAUACCAUGGCACAAUUACUGUGAUGUAAGUGGAAGUGUCUAAACAGACACACGAAUGAACUUGUUCUACUGGACAUAGCCACUUUAUCUGGAGCUGUGAUUGACAAGUAUCAGUCCAAAUGUCAGUAUGGCUACAUGUGCUGUGUAAUAAGGCCAGAUGCAAUCUGAAAGGUAAAUGUACAAUUUGUGUGAAUGAUUACACAGCACUGUCCUUUUGAUUGUGUAUGAUAAAUAGGAAGCUUCGGAAUUUUUGUAUUUAUUAAAAGUUGGUGCAAUGAAUUAUUAGCAAUUACUCCUGCAAGAAUGUUGUGAAUAAAUAUAUUAUAUGGGAUUCAUCUGAAUACAACAGGUACAUAGGUGUACAUUGUUUAGUGUACUAUCAAUGCUGAAUAUAUUUAGAGUAUUAAAGGAUAUUGCAGUUAUUGGCUAUUCAUUAUGUGUACUUUGUGCUGUGCUCUCAGUACUAAUACCACAGCAAGUAAAUUUAAUUUAAUUCUUUGGAGAUGGUCAACAUGAUGAAAAAUUACCAAAAUGAGCAAAUGUGUUGUAGCCUAAUGAUUGUACUUGUAGAAGUGACACUUGCGAGGUACACAGGACUGUAGUUGUAGAAGUGAAACUAGGUGGAUAGUUGUAAAAGUGUCACCAAUAUGGAAGCCAUGAUUGUAUUCACCAACUUGAUGUCAGUAGUAACACUAGUGUCACUUUUACUACACCAGCAUAUGUCUUGAAUACAAGAAUGAACCACCUUUAA